AUGGAUAUUACAAGAUUAAUGGUAUAUUUGCAGCAGGUAGUGGAAAAGAAGCUUAGGGACAGAGAGGAGCACCGGAACAAGAAAACAAAGACUCGAAUGAGUCUUGUCAAUAGAAGGGUGGUUCAAGUCGACCACAAUUUCAGAAACCCAAAGGGGCAUGCACCAUCAUCUGCUAGUGCACCUGCACCCAGAAAAAAAAGGCAGAUAAGUUGCUUCAAGUGUGGUCAAGAGGGUCAAUUAAUGAGAGAGUGCCCUAAGAAUAAGCAAGGUGGUGGAAAUCUGAGCAAUAGAGCUCUAUCAGUUGCUCCACCAGACAGGGCUGCACCUAGAGGAGCGACUUUUGGCACUAGCAGAGGGGAAAAUCGUCUUUAUGCAAUCACUAGCUGCCAAGACAAAGAGAACUCUCCAGAUAAUGGAAAAGUUAUAGCUCAUGCCUCCAGACAGUUAAAGGUUCAUGAGAAGAACUAUCCAACUCUUGAAUUAGAAUUUGUUGUUCUAGUUUUUGCCUUGAAGAUAUGA